GCUCCCUUUAUUGUGACAUUCUUUUGCUGAUCAAAACAAGUACGAGCCAGAUACAGUUCGUGAUCAGAUUCAAUGGCAUAUUCUUCUUCCGGAGCUUCUCAAAUAAAAUAUUUUUUUCUUCUUCUUUGUGAUCUCUUGCUUGUCUCGGGAUUGACGGGUGAAAUAUCAGUGCAAAUAUCAGAUAAUAUUCCUCGAAUAAAGUAUGAUGUUUUUGUUAGCUUCAGGGGCGAGGACAUCCGUCAAGGUUUUCUUGGUUAUUUGACAGAGGAUUUUCAUCAAAAGCAGAUACAUGCCUUCAUAGAUGAUAAACUUGAGAAGGGAGAUGAAAUAUGGCCAUCACUUGUUGGAGCAAUUCAAGGAUCAUUGAUUUCCUUGACCAUAUUCUCUGAAAACUACUCCUCUUCGCGUUGGUGUCUAGAAGAACUUGUGAAAAUAAUUGAGUGCAGGGAGACAUAUGGACAAACUGUGAUACCUGUUUUCUACCAUGUAAAUCCCACAGAUGUACGGCAUCAAAAGGGGAGUUAUGAAAAAGCUCUUGCUGAACAUGAAAAGAAAUAUAAUUUGACAACAGCGCAAAAUUGGAGACAUGCUUUGAAUAAAGCUGCUGAUUUAUCAGAAAUCAGUGCUCUAUUUUGUUUUUCUCUGUUUAUGUUUACUUCCUCUCAAAUAUAA